GUUUUGUAAAAUUUGAAAAUCUACAAAGCUUUGUUUACAAAAAUCUGUGUGUUGGUGAGACUCACACCAGUAAAGAUACAUGUGAAUUUUUAAAAUAAUUAAUAAAUUAAUUGAAAAUGAGCUAUAGAUCGAUGACACUGCUUAGAUUCUGUUCGCCAAUCGUUAUUCAGGCUCGACAUGGUCAUCGAAUGAGAGGAAAAGCACCAGAUAUUGCAAAAUCACUAAAAGAGCGAUUAGCACCGGUUAUUCUUGAUGAAGAAGUUGCAAAACGCAAUGACAUUGGAUUUCCUUACCAAAAACCACCUAGAUCAGCUGAAUUCAAUAAACGAUUUGAUCAUUUGAAGAAACAAAGGUCAGAUUCCAGUUUAGAAAAGGCCGCAAGAACUACUAAAUUACAAAUAAAUUUAGAUGACGUUAAGGUUGAUUGGUUUAAAACAGCAGGACCAUUUCACAUUCGCAAGAUUGCUGAGCAUUAUGGAGUUUAUGAUGAUCUUUUCGGAAAGUACGCAUACUUUGUCCCGAGAGUAUUCCUAGACAUAAAGUUUCCUCUCAAUGAAGAUACAGUCUAUCCAGUUUAUAAUGGCAAUAAAGUGCACCCAUUGCAAGCCAAAUCAGUUCCGGAAGUAUCAUUUGAACACAAGUUUGCCUUAUCAUACUCUCAAAAGCCGGAAGAGAAUACACUAUGGACUUUAAUUCUAACAAAUCCAGACGGUCACUUAACAAAGGAAAAUAGCGAAUAUGUCCAUUGGAUGGUUUCAAACAUACCAAACAAUGACAUCUCAAAAGGAGACCAAAUCGUUCCUUAUUUGCAACCAAUCCCACCGAAAGGAACUGGAUAUCAUCGAUACAUUUUCGUCCUUUACAAACAAGACAAGAAAUUAGAUUUAUCGUCUAUGAAAGUGACAGACUUAAAGGAUUUAGAAAAGAGGACAUUUAGCACAUUUGAUUUCUAUAAGAACCAUGAAGACAGCAUAACUCCAUCAGGCUUAGCAUUUUUUCAAUCAAAAUGGGACGAGAGUGUAAGAGAUGUGUUCCAUAAAGAACUCAAUAUGAAGCAGCCAAUAUUCGAGUAUGACUUCCCAAAAGCCUACCUCAACUAUCAGAAGCAAUUCCCAUUGAAGCAGCCAUUCAACUUAUACCUUGAUCGUUACGCUGAUCCAAAAGAUGUAAAUAAGCGCUAUUUAGAGGAAAGAUUAGCAAAAACUCAUCCAUUUGAAGGCCCAGAGAAGAAACUUCAAUUCCCAAAUGCACAUGAACUUAAAAAGAACAUCCCGUCAUGGAAAAAGACGGAAAUUAGAAAAGAGAGAUUAGGUCGAGGUAGAAUUAAUGAUGCUGUGUAAAGUAAGGCAGGCAUAUGUUUAUAUAGCAAUAAAAUGAUAAUUUAAUGAAAACAUAACAA